UCUUUAAGAAUCUGUGUAAGGGGUCGAGCAGGAUCUGUUUUCUUACGUGAAAGCCACUAUGAACCGUUGUGUCGGUUUCGUAUGCAUUCUACUGGAGCUUCUCUACAAGAGGUCAGUUCUGGCGCAGCUAUUUGUGGUGGCGGCUGCGCUAGGGUGGCUGCUGGUUCAAGUCAUCGCCAAAUGGCGGCGGCAGGAAUGUUAUCUUGUAGACUUCACAUGCUACAAACCGCCGGCCGAGCGGCAGGCUAACACGGAGAUGAGCAUUUACAUAUCGGCAAGUAGUGAGCCGAUUAUUCCAGAAAAUUCGAAAUUCCAGUGGAAAAUAUUUCUACGCUCCGGUCUGGGAGAAGAGACUUCGCUGUCGCGCCACUUUUUCAACGAAGGAAUGGUGCCGACAUUGGAGGAAGCGCGUGUGGAGAUGGAGGAGACCUUCUUCGCAACGGCGGACGAGCUGUUUGCCAGGACGGGUGUCACGCCGCAAGACAUCGAUAUAGUCAUAGUAACGGUCUCCACCUUCACGGCGGCGCCCUCGCACGCCGCCGUUGUCGCGAACCACUAUAAUAUGAAGGAAAACGUGAAGACGUUUAAUCUUUCCGGCAUGGGGUGCAGCGCCGGUGUUUUAGCGGUGGACAUGGCCAAGGAUCUGUUGCUCGUAAAUCCGGACUCGUACGUUCUCAUCCUCACCACCGAGAACACAACUGUCAAUGCAAACUACCCCGGCAACGACAGAACCUUCAUGCUCACCAGCUGCCUUUUUCGAGUUGGCGGCGCCGCCCUGCUUCUCUCCAACAAACCGCAAGAGGUCGCGCGAGCCAAAAUGCGGCUUGUCCAUUCCAUUCGGACCAACGUAGCCGCCAAUGACGAGGCCUACAGUUGCAUAUUUGUGGCGGAGGACGACGACGGCGUGUACGGUGUCCGUCUUCUCCAUUCUCUCCACGCCGUCGCUGCCAAGGCCGUGGCUAACAACUUAGCCACGCUCGGCCUCAAAGUUCUGCCGUUGAGCGAACAGCUAUACUACGCCUACAAUUGGCUCUGCAUAAAGUUUUUCAAGAUGAAGGUGGAGGCCUAUGUUCCCAACUUCAAGCUGGCGUUCCAGCAUUUUUGCGUCCACCCGGGAGGGCGCGCCGUCGUCAGCGGAAUCGGGAAAAGGUUGAAGCUGAGUGAGUACGAUCUGGAGGCGUCGCGCAUGGCGCUCUUUCGCUUCGGUAACACGUCGACGAGCGGCGUGUGGUACGAAAUGGCGUACUUGGAAGCGAAGAGGCGGCUCAAGGUUGGCGAGCGCGUGUUACAGAUUGCGUUGGGGUCGGGGUUCAAAUGCAACACCGCCGUUUGGGAAGUGCUGAGGGAGAAGCAUCCUUUGGAGAGCAGCUGCUGGGACGAGUGCAUUCACAGGUAUCCCUGCGAUACAAAUAGAAAAUACACGGAUGAUUUCUGUGACCAGUGGUUGCGUCGUGUUGGCCCCACACAAUCUACGUCUAACGACUUGGACAACACCACAGGCUGAUUGCACCUAUAUGUCUCAUUCAAACCCUCCUAGCGUCCUACUAUUUCAAUUUCGUAUACGUCUACUGAAUUGGUUUGGAACGUUGUCCCUCAUUUGGUACUCUCUUUCUUUUACACUUUGUUUAAUUCCUAAGCCCCUUCAAUGGAAAAGAUAUAGCCAUUGAUAAGGCCAAUGGGAAAGAGAUAUCUCCCUAUCCACCUAAUAAGAUUGAGCCAGCUAUUAUGUAUUAGAAGGUCUAGAUUGUGUUUAUGUU